AUGCCGCCGCCUCACCAGCCGCCGCAACGAAUGCGCGUGCCACCGAAUCAGCCGCCUCAGCAAGACGAGCGGUAUCGGUCACCUGAACCGUCACACCCUUUUGUGACACCAAAUGAUUUCGGGUUGAAGAUACCUAAACCAAGAGACCUGGACUGGCAUGGAUUUGCUAAGUUUACGGGUAGAGAGACAUAUCCAUGUGUGGGCGCCGACUCUAAAGCAUGGGGAAUACGCUUCCUGCAACGACUUGGCUCAGCACAGAUGAUGAGCGGAGGUGAUUGGCCAGAAGAGUUCAAGAUUCUUGCAUUGAGCGGUAAGCUGGAAGGUUCAGCACUCAGCUACUACGAGAAGAUGCUACCGGUUUGGUGA